AUGAUCAAUAGUGAAGUGACUGGGUGGUCACAUAUUUCAAGAUUACUGUUCACUGGAGGGUCAGACAAUCGUGUAAAGCUAUGGGAUUUGGAUUCUCGCCAAAUGGUCAUGAAAGACAGCGUCAGCCGAGUGAAACAUCUGAAGAUUCUGUUGGAUUCCUUAUCAACACAGGAGAAGCGUCAGCUGAUUGAAGAACACAGUUUCGAGACGUUUCACUUGGUAGAUGAGCUACUCUUGUCAGCUGACAUCGUAGCCAAUCCUCAAGGUGCUGUGGAAGGUGAAAGUGGCUUGUGGACACUUGAACAAGUGCUCUGCUACGCACCAGAGCUUGUUGGAAAUGGAUGGCAACGGCAUGCCAUUGAAGCGAUUCUGAAAAAGGCCCUAUACCCCAGAAACCUUCUGGCCAUUCGCAAGAUUGCAAUCAGGCUGUUUCUAAUCUUUUAUCAGAGCCUCAGUGUUUUUGGCAAGGUUACCGAAGACCUCGAUCGUGUAUUCCAGUGUCUCCUGCCAUAUUUUCCUUUGAGUAAUGGCCAAAAUACGGAGCUUGUACUUCAAGAAUAUUGCCACUCAGCAGGGACAACUCAUUGGUCCGAUCGUAGUGUGGGCUCUCCGACAAUGCCAGGAAAUCCGGUCUCAAAUGCCAAGGAACGUGCGCAAAUGCUUCAGGUGUACCUUGACAAAUUCCUUGAGUACUGUACUCGCGAAACGGUGCGAGUUGAAUGGAAUGAUGAGAAGAAACGAUUCCAGUGUGCAAGUUUCAUCAUUGACAGGGUGAUCAAUCUGUACAUCGCGGAGUGUUUCCCGGAUAUCGAAGCCAACGGAGUGGACAUUUUUGGUGGAUGGGAAGGCGCCGAGGAUGCCAUUGAAGCGCUGGAUACGGCGGAUCCCAUAGUAAUUGCUAGGUACUGGCUUAUUCGCUGGGUGAAUAACUUGGCAGCCGUUCGACAACAGCCAUCUGCCCAGUGGCAUCCAGGAAUGCUUCUUUACCAUGAUGCUCUGUUCACUUCACAUCGUGCAACGAACACCGCACUGACAUUGAUGAGAGAAGCGAUGACGCUGCCCCUACCGUGCAGUAAUGUCAUUCAAAAGGUUGUUUCGACGCUGUCUGCCUGGUUGUUGCAGUAUGAAAUCCCACCUUUUGUUGCCAGCAAUGAGGUAUGUCGAUUGUUUAGAGGUGCCUGUGGAAUCGUCAUCCUUGCUACUCAUCAAUAUGCUGCUGUCCUUCUUCCAAGUCACCUUACCUUCUUCAACCUGGCGAUCGCCUGGCGUCAGCGGUCACUACUUCAUACGCUAUUCUUCGCACCUGCCGUGAUUUGGUCGCUCAUCGACCGAAUCUUGCGAGACCGCUGUCUGUCAGGGUCCGAGCUCAUGUACCGUUUGUGCCAGUCAGCAACGAGAAUCUGCUCGCAUUCGGAUAAAUACUCGCAGGAAAUGUCGGCAGCAUUCGCCAUGACAGUGCUGUCCAACAUGGUCCUGAUCAAGGCUGUGCGUCAAAUUGAAAUUGACGAUAAGUUGUGGGACGAAGUUCACAGUGUUUUCCAACGCGGUAUUUGGAUUCAAAUGGCACAGCAAUGGGCUCGGCUAUCGCAAAGUGUAACAAGAGCACUAAUCCUACACUUAGCACAUGUGGAUAUUAUGAGCCAAGAGGACUUGGACAAGGCGAACGAAAAGGCUCUGAAUAAGAAAAUUGAAUCGGUUGAGGACGAGAAUGCGGAGGAGAAUUCAGCUGAUAAUGAAUCAAAUGGUGAUAAUACUUCUUUCUUAGACGCUGAUGAUAUCACCAAUGCUGUGCAGACGUGGUCAGGAAAUCCGACUCAAUGGCUACAAGUGUGGCGUCGCUUCAUGUGCGUUCUUGGACCUCACUGCGUCAGCUCGGCGAAUGCUCAGAUUGCAGUGGAAACUCUAUCGAGCACAGUCACCAGUCUUCUAGCGGUGAAUCUUGACCCCCUGGCUCACUGGAUAGCGGCCAGGUUGGUGCAGACGCCGGUGAAUUUGCUGCCGAACUGCAUCGCUUCAUUGGGAAUGGUGCUCAACAGCAGCCGUCAGCCGUCACCUAUCCUACAGGCGCAUAUUCUCCAUGCCUUUAUGCGACUUAUAAAGGCUGGGGAUCCACAGGUUCUCCCGCAUGUGGCGUCGAUGUCUCCGAGACAUUUGAUGGUUUUAUCGCAGAGCCUUCUCCAUGCAAUUCCUGCUAUGAUAUCAGAAAACCCGCCCACUGAGCAUACUUUGAAGGUUUUGGCGCUGCUAAGUUCCUCCAAUACAUCAGCAGAGCAGUUGCUUCUGAAGCAGCUUUCUCCAUCUGAAAUCUCGCUUUCUCAUGCCCUGUUGUGCGUAAAUGCCCUGUGCAUGCUGGUUAUACAACGUGGCGACUCUGAACUGAUGUCCAAGAUGCUCGGUCUUCUACAGAAUCACAGAUGUGGUCCCAGUCUUAUGCCAUUGUUGUGUUCUUGUCUUGAGUCGCUAUACAAGGUGUCCAGGAAUCCGAAUGCUUUACAAAUGGUGCUUCGAACGAUUCCUGCUCUUCGUGACGAGCGCCUGCGAGCUGAAGUGCAGUGGACGAUAGCCUCGUUAGCGUUGUCGCACUCAUUGAAAAGUGAACUUCCGCAGAUUACAAGAGCAUUUUUGGUGGAUCAACAGAAGCUGCUGGAAGGCGCGCUUUUGACAAUGGAGAACCAGUUUCCAUUGCCUGGCUUCAACGUGUCCAAAUGGAAUUCAGUUGAAUCAACACCAACGAAACCGAAUGAUACGCAGGUCUUUGUGCAGAAGGAUAGUGCUAUUAUCGGAGUGAAUAAGGAGCAACAAUUGGAAGUGACGACUCGCACGGUCGUUGGAAGGCACUGUUGGGUUCUGGAACCGCAUAAAACUGAGCGUAAGGAGUGGCGUAACGUGAAUGCAUGGCUACAGAAAGAAGCACAGCGCGGACGUCGUGCAGGAAGAGAUUCUGUUGGCAUUCUUGGCGCGAUGGAUGAUCCAUUUGAUGCGCUGCCACGUCAGAGUAAUGUCGUGCCUAGCAAAGCGCCACCGGAAUGGAUGGCAAUCGUGGAGGAUAGCCGACGACAACCGCAACCUUUGAAACCGCUACCACCGUCUGCUGCGAAAUCUGCGCCGUCUCGACUACAUGAAUGGCGAUCCGUUGCUGCUAGUCUUGGUUUCGUGCCAAAUGUCUCAGAAGUGCCUUUGAACUUCUCGCGUGAUCUGAAGCAUCUGGAUCAGACGUGUGCGAGAGAAGUGCAUAAGGUGAGUGAAAACCAGCACGUAUGA